AUGCCUUGGGAGGGUGGACAGAUCUAUGUGGCCAACAUCCAUUACAAUUCCAACACUCAUACACUUAGCCUGAGCAACACAAAGCUGGUUGCCAGCGAAGCUAACAAUCUUAGCGUGUGUUAUCCAUUGUGGGCUUCCAACGACAAGCUGCUCUUUACCUCCGAUGAAAGCAAGUUUGCAAACCUGUGGGAGUAUACCCAGGCGUGUACCAAACCCGUUCUCCCUUCUGUUGUGCAGCAAGACUUCUGCAUGCCCCCCUGGACGUUUGACAAUUACUCAUUCACCUUACUGGACAAGAAUGGCGCAAAAGCUAUCUGUGUUGUGUGGCAGGCUGGCCAAAGUGUCCUUUAUGUGGUUGAUAUCGCUGCAGGUUCCUACGUAGAGAUUAAAGACAAAUUAUUUGACUUUGUACUGGUAAACAAUGUCUGUCAUCUGUCGGACUACACCUUCAUCUUCACGGGAUUCCAAAGCAAUGCUCCUGGCACAGCUAUGCUCUGCACUCUUACAGGACCAUUGUUCAUGCCAAAGUUCCAGGUACUCAGAUCUACUGCAUCGGCAUCUGCUGCUCCGCUCCGUGAAGGCAUGAUUUCGCUCCCAACCCCACUUGAGUUCAAAGUGGUAGGUGACAAGACUGUAUACGCCAUGUACUACACCCCAAAUAACCCAGCAUAUGCGGGUUUGAGCAUUCCAAACGAGAAGCCACCCUGUGUGCUUAGCAUACAUGGUGGUCCCACAGGAUUAGAGACCCAAUGUCUGAACUGGCUGAAGCAGUAUUUCACAAGCAGAGGAUACACUUGGUUGGAUGUAAACUACAGCAGCUCUUCAGGCUAUGGGCAUGCAUAUGUGGAGCACCUCAAAGGAAACUGGGGUAUUACCGACAUGAGCGACUGCAUUGGCGCAAUCCAAUCACCUCAAGUCAGUUCCCUCAUCAACACCAAAUGCACUGUGAUCUGCGGCAGGAGUGCGUUUACUACCCUUGCUGCCAUUUCCCUCGACUCCUCCGCAGCGAGCAAAGUGAAAUUCUUUGCAAGUGCCACGAACAGCUUCAGAAUUUCAAACAUGGAGAUUUUCACCCUUGGCAGCACUUUCCUCCCAUUCCCACAGUCUAAGAGACCCAGUUUUCUUGUAGAGCAUAACUAG